CAGCUAGGAGAGUGAGAGGCAGAAAGCGGGACGAAGUACGUUGGUGAGCCGAGGGCAACGGGGACACAACCAGGAAUCGUACAGCCAGAGCUGACCAGGGGCAAGGGGGACCCCGAGAGUUGCGAUCCACGCCAGAACAAGCGGAACAGUCAACACAGAAAUCAUCGAGCCGUCCCGAGUGGCACAUUUAGACACCUGUCAAAAAGAAGCAAUUUGAGAAGACUCGUCAAAAGUAGAUACCAUGUCGGAAACGGCAGCCGCGCCGCCUCCCCAGAAGGCUAAAAAGGGGAAAGGUGCAAAAAGGAGCGCGUCCACUCCCAAAUACGCGGAUAUGAUUAAAGCCGCUAUUCACGCGGAGAAAAACCGAACUGGGUCCUCCAGACAGGCCAUCCAGAAGUACAUCAAAAGCAACUUCAAGGUGGGAGACAACGCCGACUCUCAGAUCAAGCUAUCGCUGAAAAGACUAGUGGCCACCGGCACCCUGCGACACACCAAGGGCAUGGGGGCGUCCGGUUCCUUCAAACUUGCCAAGAUGGACGAGCCUAAGAAGGUGACCAAGCCACGGGCAGCCGAGAAGACCAAAAAGAAACCACCUCGAGCCGCUAAGCCCAAAAAGGUGGCCAAGCCUAAGAAAAUAGCCAAGUCUCCCGGAAAAGCGAAGAAGCCCAAGGCUGCAGAAAAGAAAGUGAAAAAGACGGCCGCCGAAAAGAAGAAAACGGCGGAAAAGCCCAAAAAGUCUGAAAAGGUUAAAAAGGCGAAAGCCACAAGGGCGAGCAAGCCCAAAAAAGUCAAGACGGCCAAGCCGAAAGCGAAGGCGAGCCCCAAAAAGGCAGGGAAAAAGAAGUAAAACAUCAUAUAUUUGUAUAUAGACUUUUUACAAAGGAGGACUGAUGUAAAAAAAAAGGGCAGACUUCUCUUUUCUAUCAGCUUUUACGGACUUUUUCUCCGGAUCUUUUUGUAGAAACCAAUGUUACAGUUCUGUGGCUACGGGAGCAGUUGACCCCCGACCACUACAUAUUUAUACUUUGUAUUGUUCUUAUGAUGAGCUUAAACUGUUAAGAGGGGGAUUGUUGUGUACGUUCACAAGCUUUGGUUAGACAUGAACGUAAACGAGUAGUAAUGAAAUUGGCCCUAUGAGUAAUCGUAUAUGGUAACGUGUUGUAAAAUCAUACAAACCAUGCUGAAAUUGUAAAUUAAUUGAAUAAUAAAACAAAAAUCGGCCAGUUGGA